CACCAUUCGAGUGGCGCACAAAAAUCUCGCCUCCACAACCAAUCCCUGCCAAACUGCAAGACAUAACUCAUCCGUGCUCAUCCCAGUCCGACUUCUCCAAAUCUGCCUAGCCAAUUUUCCCCGUUCAUUAUUUUCUUCAGGCAACUUCACCUGUGAUUCAGCGUCGUUGUCGCCGCUAUUAACCUUGCCGACCACACGACCUCCUCGUCUGUCAAACCGAAGAGGGCUGUUGUGUCUUGCGCCAUCUUACCCGUUUCAUGGCUCUGGUCGCCGGGCCAGGGAUAGGCGGCUCACAUGCGACAGACGAUGCCUUGUCUAGCGAGCUUCGCUUGGCCGUAGACCAGCAUGUUCGCUACAUUCAGAGCUUGGACUCCAGGAAAGAUGAAAUGGACUACUGGUUGACUGAGCACUUGCGGCUUAACGGGGUCUACUGGGGCUUGACGGCACUCCAUCUGCUAGGCAGACCUGAUGCACUCCCACCGGACAUGACCUUGCAAUUUGUCCUCGCUUGCCAGAAUGUCGACGGCGGCUUUGGCGCCGCACCCGGUCAUGACUCUCACAUGUUGUAUACGGUAAGCGCAGUCCAAAUCCUUGCAACCAUCAAUGCCCAGUUGCAACUGGAUCGAGAGCGAAAAGGGUGGAGGGAAAAGAUUGCAACCUUCCUAGCGAGCCUCCAAAGCCCUGACACCGGAGCCUUCUCUGGUGAUGAGUGGGGAGAAACCGACACUCGUUUCUUGUACGGAGCCUUGAAUGCCCUGUCGAUUUUGGACUCGAUGCACGUGAUCAACCUUGACAAAGCCAUCAAUCACGUGAAGUCGUGUCUCAAUCUGGAUGGAGCGUUUGGGUUCACCCCAGGCGCCGAAUCUCACGCCGGAGGAACCUUUACUGGUCUUGGUGCUUUAAGCAUCGCAGGUCGACUCGACCUUGUCGAUAUUGACAGGUUAGCAGCGUGGUUGAGCGAGAGGCAACUUCCAAGUGGGGGAUUAAAUGGUCGCCCUGAAAAGCUGGAAGACGUAUGUUACAGCUGGUGGGUACUCAGUAGCCUUGCCAUGAUAGGAAGGCUCCACUGGAUCAACAAGGAGCAGUUGACAAGGUUCAUUUUGCGAUGUCAGGACACGGACCAUGGAGGAAUUGCUGAUAGACCUGGCGAUAUGGUCGACGUCUUUCAUACUCACUUUGGGGUCGCGGGCUUGAGUCUCUUGGGAUACCCUGGACUUGCUGAAGUUGAUCCUGUCUAUUGUAUGCCAAAGGUGGUGACACAAGCACUUCCACCAAACUCGAAGCGCUAAAAUAGCACCUACCUCUCGCCAUCUAAUAACCCACUGGACAUUCAUUGAAAGAUGGGAUACAAGGCGAGAGAAGACCAGUCACCACGAUGUACUAUUUCCGCUUCAUCACAUCACACUCCUUGUUUGUCAAGGACCAUAGGCAUCGUGGAACAUUUGAUAAAGAUGAGAAUUCAAACUUGUCACCAACCCAUUGCAAACUAAUGUUGACUAUGACGAAUCUUUUGACGGCCAUGGACUCGGUGGUAAUGUUGUGAAGAUUUCGUGGAUGUGUAAUCGUUGUGUUGAGCAGCGCCGUCACAUGUGCGCGUGCCUGCCUCACCCGAACCUGAAAAGACAGAAGUCACGAUCUUGAAAACUUGAAUCGCUCUCUCCUCGUCCUGGAUCAAACUUCUAU